CUUGCCAUUCACCUUUCAGAUACAAUAGCUUUUAGCUGACCCUCCAAUUACACCUAAUUCACUAAACAUUCUUCUCCCAAACUCAAAGUACUUUUAAGCCAUGCAAUCCACUGAUGUCACAGAACUCCAUUCCUAUAACCUACUACCUUCAAAUCCACCUCAAUACCCUUCUCAAUAUAAUUACACACCCACACUUCAUCAGUCCAUUAACAGAAAUAUCCCUAGUCCUUUUUAUCACCUUCAAAUUGGUCCUCCAAUUCAAGAAUUCAAUCCACAAACAACUUAUUUCAACUGCAACUAUUCAACGUGUGAUGAAACUGAUGAUCAACUACUGAUGAAUCUAAUAAAUGAAAGGAAACAGAGAAGAAUGAUAUCUAAUAGAGAGUCUGCAAGGCGAUCGCGCAUGCGCAAGCAGAAGCAUUUGGACGAGCUAUGGGCACAGGUUAAUUGUCUCCGGAAUGAGAAUCACCUGCUACUGAACAAACUUAACCACGUCUCAGAUAGCCGUGACCAAGCAAUUCAAGAAAAUGCUCAACUCAAAGAAGAAACUUCAGGACUUCGUCAAAUGGUUACUAACAUGCAGCUCAUAAAUGGUCCUAAUUAUCCUUGCUUAAGAGUUCUUGAUGAUGAACCUUGUAGUGGUUCAUCUCAAAAUGAAUAGCAAAUUUAUAAGGUUACUGCAGGUCCACUAUUUGUUUUCUUAUGUUUUGUUGUUGUGAUGGUGGAAAUAAUUUGAGUUUUCCUCCCGUUAUCUCUUUUGUUGCUGAGGUCAAGGCUAUAAUUAUUGUUUUCCCUUUAUCUAGGUACUUGCUGCCCUAUGGUCCUUAGUUGAUACCUUUCGAAACCUGUACAUACACACGAUCUAUUGAAACCGUAAACUUUUGGACACAUUUCCUUUAACGUAUAAAGCAUAAACUUCUUAUGAAAG